CAAUUGCAAUUGUCAUUCCUUUCUUGCCUUUCUCUCAUUUCAUAAAAAAAUUCCGUCUCUCUCCACCUCCUCUUCCUCUUUGCCGUUUUCCCGGAAAAUUCAUCUGAAGAAUUUUCCCGGAAAAAAAGGCAUCUUCAUAUUACACGACGAGAAAAUUAUCUGGAGAUUGAUAUCGUUUUAUCAUUAUUUGAAUACAAUUUUGUAUAUUUACGUUUAUUUUAUUCUUAGGUUUAAUUUGAAGAUUGAGGUGAAUAAUUUUGUUUGAUUUGAUUGGAUUGAUAUUGGAGUUGGAGAUGACAACGAGUCACGGAGGAGGAUCCUUGUCGAGGAGGAGUUCGUUGUCGUUGACGAGCUCGACGUCCAACUUGAAGAAGAAAGCAGCCGCUCAUGAAAAUGGAGGUGGACAGCCUGAUUCCGGUACCCGAAAGUCUAUGUCGUUGUCUCGUUCCAUGGGAUUGACUGGAGAGCGGACAGUCAAGAGACUGCGACUGUCGAAAGCCCUAACAGUACCUGAUAGUACAAGUAUUUAUGAAGCUUGUCGCAGGAUGGCUGCUCGCAGAGUUGAUGCUUUAUUGCUGACCGACUCAAAUGCAUUGCUAUGCGGUAUCCUGACAGAUAAGGACAUAGCGACAAGGGUUAUUGCUCGUGAAGUUAAUAUUCAGGAAACACCAGUUUCAAAGAUCAUGACGAAAAAUCCUGUUUUUGUGCUUUCUGACACACUAGCUGUAGAAGCCUUGCAGAAAAUGGUGCUAGGAAAAUUCAGACAUUUGCCAGUUGUGGAAAAUGGAGAGGUUAUUGCUUUACUUGAUAUAGCAAAAUGUCUUUAUGAUGCCAUCGCUCGACUUGAAAGAGCAGCUGAGAAAGGAAAGGCCAUUGCAGCUGCUGUUGAGGGUGUUGAAAAGCACUGGGGCUCAUCUGUUUCUGGUUCUAAUACAUUUAUUGAAACACUUCAGGAGCGGAUGUUCAAGCCUUCGCUUUCAACGAUCAUCUCUGAGAAUUCAAAGGUUGUUAUAGUUGAACCAAGUGAUACUGUUUUAGCCACAGCAAAAAAGAUGCUUGAAUCUCGAACAAGCUCUGCAAUAGUAAUGGUUGACAACAAACCACGAGGAAUUUUAACUUCAAAAGACAUGUUGAUGCGAGUCAUUGCUCAAGAUCUCUCCCCUGAGUCCAUUCUCGUUGAGAGGGUAAUGACCCCCAGUCCAGAAUGUUCUACAACUGAUACACCUAUUGUUGAUGCUUUACAUACAAUGCAUGAUGGCAAGUUUUUACACCUUCCUGUGGUGGAUAAAGAGGGUACUGUUGUUGCUGUCCUUGAUGUUCUUCAUAUCACUCAUGCAGCUGUAUCCACGGUGGGACAAAAUGCUGGACCGAACAAUGAAGCUGCAAACACUAUGAUGCAAAGAUUUUGGGAUUCAGCUAUGGCAUUGACUCCAGAUGAUGAUGAAGAGACACGGAGCGAGGGUUCAUUGAAAUUAGCUUCUGAAGGUGCAGAAACAGGAAGAUCAAAUCUUUAUCCUUCGGCGAGCCUGCCAAAUACUUUUGCCUUCAAGAUUCAAGACCGAAAGGGAAGGAUGCACAGAUUCAACUGUGAUAUACGGAGCGUGACAGAUCUCAUAACUUCGAUCAUUCAGAGAUUGGGGAAUGACAUUGACCGAAACAACCUUCCUCAGAUUUUGUAUGAAGAUGAAGACCAAGACAAGGUUAUCCUAGCAUCAGAUAGUGAUCUUACAGCAGCAGUUGAACAUGCAAAGUUGUCAGGCUGGAAGGGACUGAGAUUGCACUUAGACUAUUCAGGAACGCCUGGUCGUAGGAGAGGUUCCAACUCGGAAAGUUUGGAUUAUGCUCAUCCAGAAUCUGCAUGGGCCUCAGCCUACACUGCUGUAGCAGCUGGUGCUGCAUUGGCCGCGAGUUUAGGUGUAUUUGCUUUCUUAAGGAGAUCCGGUGAGUGAUCAGUCGAAAGUAAUUCGCCACGUGAUAUACAUUCCCUGCACUGGGAGCAGCAGAUAUAGGAAACAAUAAUGGGUCAGCUUGAUUUCUAUGAUUGUUUACUGUUGCUAUAGAAUUUUAUAUACCUGAAAGCUGAAUUUGAUGUAUAGUGGUGAGAGUGUUGUCCCCUCUAAUUACACGCUUUGUAAUUCAACUGACCAAAGCAAUUUUUUUUUUAGUUCCCAGAGUGUAACAGAAUUCAGAGGUGUCAUUUGGCGCAUUCAUGUCCAUGUAAAAUUAUUUUACGAAACAACUUUUGUUUGUGCUUGUAAUGACAAAUUUACAUUUAUCGUCAAUGUCAGUGAAUAGGGUACAAUACAAACUUAGGUUAAAUUGUUGUGUA